CUUUUUAUUAUGAGUCAACAUGGAUUCUUCUGUGUGAAUCAGCGUGACCCCCUCCUCUUUAUUGAUUGCAGUUUAGAUUUCCAAACCACACAUAACGUUCAGUUCGACACAGUCAUGUAAGAAGCUUUAUUGAGAUUUUUAUACGUCAGGGUCAGACGUCAAAAUACCGACACGUGCCAGCUCUUCUGCUGAGAGCAUCUUUAAAACCUGCUACUCAAACCUCUCAACCCCAUGAGUUACAACAUUUUAUUAUAUAUUUCACAGAUAUCUUCUGACACAGUGCUUCAUGGUCAAUUUAACCAUGACAGAUCAAUCAGAUGAGUUCAAGUAAAAGUUUAUUUACCAUUUAUCAAUUAAGCUAAUUUCAACCUGGUUUCAGCCACUUCUAGCUAACUGUUUAUCAGCUACUUUCAGCUAACAGUUAACUGUUUAUCCAUUACUUUUAACUAUUUCACUUUCCAUCCCUUUAUACUAGCUAAUAGCCACUUUUAGCUCGCUAGGCUAAUUCAACUGACAGACUUUUAGCUAGCAAGGCCGACUACAAUCGCUCAUGAGUCACUUCUAUCCAGCCAUUUAAACUGUCCAUCACUUUUAGCUAACCAUUAUAAUGUUUACCCGUCACUUUGGCUAACAGCUAACUGUUCAUCUGUUACUGUUUGCUAACAUCAGCCAUCGGCCUUUUAGCAAACUAAUUAAACUGUAAAUCUGUCACCUUUAGUUAACUAGGUGAACUCUUUCAACUUUAAUUUUAAGCUAACUACUAGCUAGCUAACUGCCACCACAUUUCACCUGUUUGUCCAUCACUACUAUUUCAGUGUUAGCUAACUUUUUAACCUGUCCAUCACUUUAAGCUAAUUAUCUAACUGUUUAUUCAUCAGGUAUUUUAACUUUACCUCAAGCAAACUACGUAAACUUUCAAUAACAUUAAGCUAACUAGUCUCACUUUAUGCUAUCUACACUGUUUAUCCAUUAGCUUACCUAUAGCUAGGCUAACUAUUUAUCAAUCAGUUGAAGCAAACUGUUUCAACUUACUUUUUUCUAAUUAGGCCUAUUUUCACCUGUCUGUCCAUCACUUUUUGAUCUUUCAACCUUUUAUUGAUUACGUUUAGCUCAUUUUUCAAUGUCCAAGUGCAGUAGAAGCUUCAAUAUUUUUCAGUUUUCUUUAUUCUUUAUUUCCUUUAUGCACAUUUUGCACAUGCACAUGGUUGGUGGAUUAGUGGGAGUACAUCUAGACGUGUGCAGGAUGAAGCGUGGGGUCAUGCUGGCGAGUAUUCGGCUACAGCUCGGGCAACACAUCACGCUGAGCACUGCCACAUAUCUGUGACAGAAAUUGGACAGAAAAGGUGACAUUUCUGAGAAUGUGUGCCGCAUACUUGGACUUCCCGUGCUGUUGCUUCCCUCUAGAAGGUGAUAAUAACAUUAAAAAUGUUGUCAGGAAGAGACGAUUCCUACGCGGCAAGAAGAAAUUCAACAUGGAUCCCAAAAAGGGAGUCCACUACCUGGUGGAGAACAACCUCCUGGAGUGGCGGGCGGAGUCGGUGGCCGAGUUUCUCUACAAAGAAGAGGGACUGAACAAGACGGCCAUCGGCAACUUCCUGGGAGAAAGGGAGGAGAUGCACCUGCAGAUACUGAAAGCCUUCGUCGGCCUGCACGAGUUCUCAGAUCUGAAUCUGGUGCAGGCGCUGAGGCAGUUUCUGUGGAGCUUCCGUCUCCCGGGAGAAGCUCAGAAGAUUGACAGGAUGAUGGAGGCGUUCGCAACUCGCUACUGCGACUGUAACCCCGGGGUCUUCCAAUCCACCGACACAUGCUACAUCCUGUCCUUCGCCAUCAUCAUGCUCAACACGAGCCUCCACAACCCCAACGUGAAGGACAAACCCAGCCUGCAGCGGUUUGUGUCCAUGAACAGAGGAAUCAACCACGGAGAGGACCUGUCCACCGAGCUGCUCACGAAACUGUACGCGAGCAUCCGCAGCGAGCCAUUCAAAAUCCCCGAGGACGAUGGGAACGACCUCACGCUGACGUUUUUCAACCCGGACAGAGAAGGCUGGCUGCUUAAAUUGGGCGGGCAAGUUAAAACCUGGAAGAGGAGGUGGUUCAUCCUGACCGACAGCUGUCUGUACUACUUUAAAUACACCACGGAUAAAGACCCCAUCGGGAUUAUUCCUCUGGAGGACCUGUGUGUCAGAGAGCUGCAGGACUCCAGCAAACCGUAUUGUCUGGAGUUAUAUAACCCCAAAGGACAAAAGAUCAAGGCCUGCAAGACGGAAAACAAAGGCCGAGUGGUGCAGGGCAAACACCAGUCCUAUAAGCUGAGCGCGGCCAGCGAGGAGGAGCGGGACAACUGGAUCGGCGCAAUCAGCGCGAGUGUCACCAAGAACCCUUUCUGUGAUCUGUUGUCGCUACGAAAGAGGAAGGUCAUCGGCCACACGUCCUCGUAGUGACCGACACGCAGGACGUCCAGGAAAAACAAGUCCAGGACCGGAACUCUGAUGUCGCUCCCGCGGACGAAUCAUCCUGUGAUUUGAGACAGAAGCUGUUCUGGAAAAAACUAAACUUUAAUCGCACAGUAUUUCACAGAACUGUAAAAAAUUGAGGAACUCAAACAAAUGUGAGCUAUUUAUGGCUCACAGUGUGAAGUCUUAGAAUCACUUCUGCAAACUGCAGCCACUAGGAAACUAACAAGAACUGUGACUGACAAACAUCUGCAGCAGAGCCGGAGGUCCGGAGGUCCGGAGGGGCGUCUGGUGGAUACUGGAGGAUCACCGAACCGGACCACAGGGUGCAGGUCCAGAGCCCCCGUUGACCAAAACCUCUGCAUGAUGAGCUGGGAACAUUUCUCCUGAGGAAGUCGAUCAUAAGGAGACAAAAGAGGCUACAAGGAGACACACAAAGACCAUAGAGAGAGACAAAACAACCACAAAAUUACAACAAAUAGACUAAAAACAAACCCCAAAGAGACAAAAUAAAAGAAGGACUGAAUAUGCAAAACGACCUGAAAGACACAAAACAGCUGCAAAAAUGACCGAAAGACACCUGACGACCACACAGAGACACAGAAUCAGUCAGCCUGUCUUGAUGAGCGCCUGUUGACUCACAAUCUGUCCACUGAUUAACACGGAAUAACCAGCGUGACGAUCAAUAACGUGCAGAUCAUCAGUGCCAGGAAGUUCCAAUCAGAUCCUCGCUGAUCGGCUCAGAAGAAGAAUACGUAGCACUUUGAUUAAACUUUGAUUUUAGUGUUUUCACCAGAGAUUCUUUAAAGACAAUAUCAGAAAUAUAUAAAUAAAUCUUCAAAAAGAAAAAAAAUAUCAUGACUAACUGUUGUGAAUAAAGUGCCGAAGCAGUGUAAAAAGCUAAAAGAUCCUCAUAAUUAUAAUAUAAUAUAAUACUUGUUGUACAGUUUGUUUCAGCUAACGUGAUUUUUUUUUUUUUAUUUCCAGUGUGUUUAAUUUAAUGACGGACGACACAAACUACUUGUUAAAAAUAAACUUGUGAAUGUG